CAGGCCGGUGCUUUCUGAAGGUUCGAGCUUCAGAUCCAGAUUGCGGCGUAAAUGCCAUAGUCAAUUAUACACUUGCACCAGAGAUGCCUGUAACCGAACAGUUCAUAAUACGCAGUGAUACCGGUGAUAUUUGUUUGGGAGCGGCUUUAGACAGAGAGAUCACAGAUUAUCAUGAGUUAGUUAUUGCUGCCACUGAUAGAGGAGGACUAAGCGCAACAUCUAUAGUACAUGUGUUUGUUAUUGAUGUGAACGAUAAUAGACCAAUAUUUCAUCCACGUGAAUAUAACAUCACGAUUAGAACUGAUGGACCUAUAAGUGGACCAAUUGUAAAAUGUGUAGCAAGUGACGCUGAUGCAGGAAUUUUUGGUCAAAUAAACUAUAGAAUAUCAGAAGACAACGGAGCAGAAUUAUUUCGCAUUGAUAGAAAUACUGGCGAGAUCUAUGUAGUUCGUGAAAAUCAAUUAACGAAAUCGUCAUUAUAUUUACUCAACAUUGUAGCCACUGAUGCCGCGGGUUUAAAAAGCAAUAACGAUGCAAUUAUUCGAAUUAUAGUAACUUCGUCUAGUCAAAAAAUUGCCAGCUGUGAUAGACCAAAAUACAGCAUUAGUAUUAAAGAAAAUGUCGCUCAAAAUACUUUUAUUGGCAGUGUUCGGGAUCCAAACAUUUUAACCAACACUGCGACAAGCAGUAGUAGUAGUAGUAGCAAUCUAACAAACACAUUUUAUUGGGUGACAGAUCAACCGGAACUCUCUUUGGAAGUAAGCACUGGAGCAAUACGCACAAAACUGCCGUUGGACCGGGAAACACGUGAUCGCUAUAUUCUUAAUGUUGAAGUUCGCAAUGGCAUCUCCGUAGGAUACUGCCAAGUUGAAAUAAUUGUCGAAGACGUAAAUGACAAUUCACCAGUAUUUGCAUCAGAUAUCAUUGGGAUUUCGGUCGCAGAAUCACAUCCUAUUCAAACCAGUUUAUAUGUCGCUCACGCAAUCGAUCGCGAUAUAACUCCAGUCAAACCCAUUCGCUUUGGCCUUAGUCAGAAUAGCAAUGAAAUUUUCGAAAUAAAUGCGGAAAGCGGUGAAGUAUAUCCUCUGCGUCCUCUUGAUUAUGAAACGCAACAACGACAUAGACUGGUAAUAAAUGCUUUUGAUGGUGGCGGUCUUUCAACUAAUUUCAGUAUUAACAUAGAUAUUCAGGAUGUAAAUGAUAAUCCUCCAAUUUUUGAAAGAAAUGAAUACUACGUUGAAAUAACAGAGAAUGCUAAACUUGGAAUGCAGAUAAUACAAGUAACGGCAGUGGAUUUAGAUACUGGAAACAACGCACAAUUGAGCUAUCGGCUGGAAGAAAAUAUAAAUUUAUUCCGCAUGAACACAAAUACAGGCUGGAUUUCGCUGGCUGGUCAACUAGACCGUGAACAUCUGGAGCGCUACAAUGUUACGAUAUUAGCGAGUGACAAUGGUUCACCAGUAGCUACGGCCAGCACCACACUCGUCAUCAAUAUUCUUGACGAAAAUGAUAACGAACCUCACUUUCAUAGUGAAUUCUACCAUUUUGAACUUUUGGAAAAUCUAUCUCCAGACGUUAUUAUUGGCACCGUUUGCGCUGUCGAUGCCGAUAUUGGCAGCAACGCAGUUAUCAGAUAUACCAUCGUGCAACCUACCAGUAGCUUUAUUAUCGACCCUAAUACAGGUGAAUUAAGAGCACUUGAAACUCUUGAUCGGGAAAUAAAAGCUGUUCACGAGCUAAUAGUUGAGGCAAGAGACCAGGGUACACCAUCCCGAGCAUCGCGCAUACCGGUAAAAGUAACUGUACUUGAUGUGAAUGACAACUCACCAGAGAUUGUUGAUCCUCAAGGCGAUGUAGUAAGUGUACGCGAAGAACAAAUGCCCAACACUGAAGUUGCUCGAGUCAGAGCAUUUGAUAACGAUCUAGGUGAAAACGCAACUAUAACUUACUCCAUUCUCAAAGACCAUGAUUCAGAUGGAUACAACGUUUUCAGAAUAGACCCGAUUAGUGGUAUGAUUAAAACAAUGGUUGUAUUAGAUCACGAGGAGCGCAACGUUUAUCGAUUGUCUGUGAAAGCGAGCGAUGGAGGUCGACCAUCAAGAUACAGCGUACGUGCAUUUCGUGUUGAGGUUCUUGCUUUAACAGAUAAUCGACCAACAUUUACCAGCGGAAGCCUCAGUUUUAAGGUACGGGAAGAUGCCAACAUAGGUCAAGUGGUGGGUUCAGUUUCUGGAGGAGGGGUAGCCAAUCGAGUCGCAUACACAUUGUACUCCCUAAGGCCGCUGGGCCAAGGAGAUUUAGUAGCGUUCGACGUAGAUCGAUUUUCGGGGCAGUUGGUUGUUGCAACUUCUCUGGACCGUGAAAUUGUGGCCGAGUACCAACUCGAGAUCCGCGCUUUGGACACAAGUUCGGUUGGCAACCCACAGAGUAUGGCCGUCUCGGUAAGGAUUGAAAUCGAGGAUGCAAACGACAACCCACCUCGUUGGCCCCAAGAUCCCAUUUUCAUUGAGGUCUCAGAGCAUGCACUUGUCGGCUCGAACAUCUACAACUUUACGGCAACUGACCUUGAUCAGGGUGCCAACGGCGAGGUGCACUAUAGCCUUGUUUCUGAGAUACCGCCCACAGGUAGUUUCGCCAUCGACCCAUUAACGGGUGGACUAACACUCGUGCAUCCAUUGGACCGCGAGGAGCGCUCCGAGUUUACACUUGUUCUAGAGGCUAAGGAUCAAGCACAGCUCGAUGAACGGCUUACCGCCACUGUUUCUGUUCGUCUCCUCGUGCUCGAUGUCAAUGAUAACGAGCCGUAUUUCGUUGUGCCGGAUGAUCCAAAAGUUCCACUACUUCUAACCACCGACGUCUCUCCAGGUGCGCUGCUGCUUCAGGCAAUUGCUAUUGACGAGGAUAUGGGUGAAAAUGGUCGAGUAUCUUAUACUAUAACCUCGGCCAAGGAUGUUAGCUACGUUGCCGUAGACAGCAAAAAUGGCGAGCUCACUCUACUGAAGCCGCUACAUCAGAGCUCUAUUGACAUCGAACUGACGGCCAGCGAUCAUGGCUCUCCACCGCGAAGCACAACUGUUAAACUUACACUCAGAACCACGUCCCAGCAACCGCAAAAUCAAUUGCCCCGGUUACUGCUACCCAAACUAAUGAUCCAAGUCUCUGAAAACCUGCAUGUUGGCUCUGACUUGAUCAACGUUGCUGCUGCUACGUUAGCUGAUCAAGGAAAUAUGACGUUUAGUAUAAUUGAUGAUUCAGUAUUGCACAUUUUUGAGAUUACUAACAAUGGAAUGGUAAGACUCAUAGCACCAUUAAACCGAGAGGAGAAGGCCUAUUACUUAGUGGGAAUUCUAGCCCGUUUCGGAAAACUUCUUGAUCUCACUACUUUAGAAAUCAUCGUUCUUGAUGAAAAUGAUAACAGUCCAGAAUUUAAAUCAGGAUCGUGUUACACACUUACUUUGCCUGAAAAUCAGGAGACAGCUGUUAUUCAUACGAUUGCGGCUACGGAUCUCGACGAGGGUAAAAAUGGCGAAAUAUUCUACAAUAUUAUCAAUGGUAACGUUGAUUUAAAGUUUAAAUUAGAUUCAAAAACUGGUGCAUUAUCAGUUUCGAGUCUCGAUCGAGAAAUUGUGUCAAAGUAUGUAUUAACAGUGUCAGCACGAGAUGGAGGGCGGCCAACUUUGGAGACUUUUUGCAAUCUGACAAUUAUUGUACUCGAUGUUAACGAUAAUGCGCCAGUUUUUGUAGAUAAUCAGUAUAGCCAGCUUAAACUCCCAGAUUCUCGUUACGGAAUUACUUUCACUCAAGGAAAAUACUCGACAAGUGUGUCCGAAGACGUCAGCAUUGAAUCUAGUAUUAUGCAAGUACAAGCUAUCGAUUCUGAUUAUGGAGUUAAUAGUCAAAUUACGUAUUCCAUAGCCGAUGAAUUAAAUGGGUUAUUUCGAAUAGAUAAUUUCACUGGAAUUAUUACAACAGCAGGGGUACUUGAUCGUGAGUGGCAAAAGUUCCAUACUUUCGUUGUAGUUGCAACAGAUGGUGGAAAAAAUGAAGUUCAUCAAACUUCGGUUUCUGUGAAUAUUGAAAUUAGCGACGUGAACGAUAAUUAUCCAGUUUUUGACGAAUAUCCAUUUAUAGUCCGAGUUCCAACGAGCACGCAAUCUGGUCAUAACAUAGUGCGAGUAAAGGCCAGUGACUUAGAUGAAGGGAAGAAUGGUGAUAUAACGUACAGGUUCUCCCACGAGGAAGAUAAGCCGAAAUUUCGCAUUCACCCAAGCAGUGGAAUAAUCAGUGCAGCUGUAUCGUUAGCUCAAGAAGACGGACGUAUCUAUUGGCUUGAAGUGAUAGCAACUGAUAAAGGCAAUCCUUCACUUAGUUCGCGAGGUCUGGUUGAACUUUGUGUGGGCAAUCUAGCCGAUGCUGCGCCAAUUCUCAAGUUCCAAAAUGACAGCUAUGACAUUGUAAUUCAAGAAAAUUCUCGAUCUGGCACAGAACUUAUUCAAGUGACUGCCGUCAGAUCGGAUGGCAGGCGCCAGCAAAUAAUUUAUUCUAUAGGCUCGGGCAAUGACCAACAAAUGUUUCACAUCGACGAGAAAAGUGGUUUGCUGAGUAUCAAUAAUCCAGCUAAACUCGACGCUGAGCUGUAUAGAACUAGACGCAUUCCAGAGAUACCAUUCCUUGACGACAAUAAACGAUCGAUUACAAAUAAACAUUGGAAAAAUUUUAUGGAACGCUAUCAAGAAAAAGAGCAAGUGAUUGAGGAUUCUAGAUAUAUACUGACACUUGUUGCCAAAAUCGUAGGGACCGAGCCACUCGAAGCUUACGCCCAACUACGUGUACGCAUUGCAGAUUUAAAUGAUAACGCGCCAAUGUUCACUCAAACUCAAUAUUCGGCGACUGUUCUGGAGGGAAACGCUAAAGGAGAUUUUGUUUUCAAGCUUUUAGCCGAAGAUGUCGACCAGGGAUUGAACAGUAGAUUAUUGUAUCAUAUUGUUGAUGGCAAUCCAGACAACGCAUUUAUAAUAAAUCCACCUUACAGCGGUAUUGUUCGAACUAAUAUAGUUUUAGAUCGUGAGAUCAGAGAAAAGUACCGUUUAACCAUCAUAGCCACCGAUCAAGGAAAUCCUCAAUUAACUGGAACCACAGCUUUGAGUAUUAGAGUCAUUGAUAUCAAUGAUAAUCAACCAACUUUUCCAGAGCGCAAAAUUAUUUCAAUUCCUGAAGACACGUCAGUGGGAACUGUACUGACAACCAUAACAGCGAAUGACGUUGACAAUUCACCGUCAUUGACAUAUCGCAUCAACGAUACAGACUAUACGUAUUUAUUUAAAAUAGAUUAUUAUGGAGGGCGUGUUGUUCUUAUUUGUAAGCUGGAUGCUGAAGUAAAAAGUGAGUACAUACUUCAAAUAAUAGCAAGUGAUGGUUUACACACAGCGACGACUGAGUUAACAAUCAGAGUGAUUGACCUUAAUGACAAUCCACCUCAUUUCGAUCAAGUUGCAUACAUUGUUAACCUUUGUGAAGAACGAGACAAUCUGCUAGAAGUGAUAACCGUAAAUGCAAUCGAUGAUGAUCUUACAAAUGAUAAUAAUCAAAUUAAUUACCGUCUUUUUCACUCGGUAAAAGGGUUUACUGUGAAUCCUAUGAGUGGUUUAGUUUUAAUGAAUCAAACUGCUUUGACGAAACCAAUACCCAAAGAUAUUCAAUUAACUAUUAUAGCUGAAGAUUCUGGUAAACCAUCGCUGAAAGCCAUGUGUUCGGUUGUCGUAAAUUUAAAUGGAUUAGAUAAUGAUACACCAGGCAGAGAAUACCAAGUAUCCAUUAAAGAGAAUGCAACAAAGGGCACAAAUCUAAUGAAGCUAUCAGACGUCGAUUUAUUAAAUGGCAUUAUCGUCGCAGGCGACGACGAUGGAGUUUUUGAGAUUUCACGAGGAAAACUUAUCCUGGCAAAUAAGUUAGACCGUGAAACAAAAGAUAGGUUCGUUAUACGCUUAAGUGUAAGAAAUGGAAGUUAUAGAACUGGUUUACUAAUGGGUAAAGAUUCCGUUACAAUAAAUAUCACCGUGAUCGAUGUGAACGACAACUAUCCACAUUUUCUUAAAGAUCUUGAAAAGGUGUCAAUCAAAGAAGACGUUUCUCUAGGUUAUACAGUAAUUAUUCUACACGCAGAGGAUGCCGAUCUUUUUGGGAGUGAAUCUGCGACAGUCACUUAUGACAUAAGUUCGGGUAAUGAUGACAAACUGUUUUUCGUUAAUUCGUCAUCUGGUUCGGUUAUGGUAAACGCAAGCCUCGAUUGUGAUCUGAAGCCAGAAUUGCACAAUCUGGUUAUAAGAGCCUGUGACAGUGACCUGACAAGACCUCUUUGUGCAUUCACACAGUUACAAGUACAAAUAGAAGAUGUAAACGAUAAUUCUCCUAAAUUUCCUGUCUCAGAGUAUCUCGAGUUCGUCGGUGAAAAUGAACCAGUCGGCAGCAGUAUUUUUAAGGCACGAGCUUUUGACCUAGACCGAGGAGUAUAUGGACAAUUGAAUUACUCAAUAAGUUCGUCAGCUGCUGAUGGCUUUUCUGAUAUUGACGAUAGCUGGAAAUUAUUCUCUAUCGAUAGCAAGACGGGCAAUGUUUAUACGGACGCGGUUUUUGAUUAUGAGCAACGGAAUAGGUAUGCCUUUACAAUCCGCGCAACUGACACUGGUGGACGCAGUGCUACGGUCAGAGUACGAAUCGAAAUCGACUCUCGAGACGAAUUUUACCCGCAAUUCACCGAGCGCAUAUACCGAUUCGGUUUGAGAAUCAGCACUCAGGUUAUGGUAGGAAGUGUAAUCGGUUAUGUCACGGCAACUGAUCGAGACAAAGGGCCCGAUGGUCGCGUGGUUUAUCAAUUAAAGGCACAGCACUCUUUGUUUAAGUUGAAUCGUACGACCGGCGCUCUGAUUAUAAAACAAACUCUGUCCAGCGGGACGAAUAGCGAAGAACUGGUACGGCUAUUGAUCAGUGCAAGCUCUGGUCGGCAAGGUUCUUUGUCGAAUGUUACUAUUGUAGAGGUGUCGUGGGUUGAAGGACAAGAGCUAGGCGCCAAUAGAGGAGCAACCGUUUACUCUAGCCCUACUAACGUCAGUACUGACAUGACCAUGGUUACAAGUAGCGGCUUGGCAGAUUGGAUUUUGGGCUUAUUGGUAGUUUUUCUUUUGCUGUGUGGUAUUUUUGGAUCCAUAUGGCUGUACGUACAUAUAAGAAACCUUCGGCACAAGAAACCUGCAGCGAAGCCUGCUCUCGGCGGAGAAAGCAACGCAACGGCCUCAAACAGCUACGUAGAUCCCACCGCUUUCGAGACUAUUGCCAUUAGAGGAGUUGUUGGGCUCGGACUUGGGCUCGGAACAAACGCAACACCUUGUGGUGGUCUCGUGAACGGAGGCAGCGUCGGUACUGGGGCGAGUAUAGGCUUAUCCUGUCAAUUCGCCCCUCCAAAAUAUGACGAAAUACCCGUAUAUGAUACGUCUGCGCAAAGUGAAACGCAUGCGGCUUCGGAAUUGUCAGGAAGCGAUCAAUCUGGUUCCUCCGGACGAGGCUCGGCCGAAGAUGAAGGCGACGAUGAGGAAAUUCGCAUGAUCAACGAAGGUCAACAAGCUGCCGAUUCCGCGAGUGAUCUGUCAGUUCAUAAUACUCAAGAAUAUCUAGCGAGGCUGGGUAUCGUUGACCCGCCGGCGAGCGCUUCUCGGAGUAGGCUGCCUGAUACGCUGCCAUUCGACAGCUUGCACUUUUUCGAAGACGCAGUGGCUACCGAAGCCGACAUAGCCACUCUAAUCUAUGGUAAAGUUGGCGAACUGAGAAGGCCAAAUUCAGGAUUGGAGGUUCCGGGAAUCCCGUCGAUGAACGGUUCGCUCAGCUCGAUCGUACACAGCGAGGAAGAGUUGACUGGUUCAUAUAAUUGGGAUUACUUGCUCGACUGGGGCCCGCAGUAUCAGCCGCUUGCUCAUGUAUUCAGUGAAAUCGCGAGGCUUAAAGAUGACGCGGCUAGCGUGCAGAGCGGUAACACUAGCAGCAACGGCAGACCAAAGAGCUUACGCCGAGCCUUAGUGCCACCACCUCCGCCUCCCCCACUGCUCACUUGCGUGGCUCCGAGAUCACUUACUACAAUGGCCACCGGUUUAACUAGAGGCAUUCUCCCACGCUCACCGAUUAACCAUGAUGCAUCAACUUUCCCUUCGGCGGCCCUCAGUCCGAGCUUCUCUCCUUCGCUAUCACCUCUCGCGACAAGAAGCCCAAGUAUCAGCCCUUUAGUUCCUGACGCCUCACCCAGAACUAACCAGUGUUCACUUCGAUCUGUACCUCUGAAUGAUACUGAACUUCGUAUUUAAUUUGUAAAUAAUUUCUUUCUAUUUCUGUGCUUUGUUAAUAUUGUUACUGCUAUUAUGAUUAUUAAUAUUGCUGUCAUUGCAAUUAUUAUUGUUAUUAUUUUAUUGUUUUUGAAGUUUUUGUGAUAUUAUUAAAUGAACAGAGAGACGAAGACUUGCCAAGUGGCUACUUUGAAUAAUUGCACUUCAGUGUUAUAUAUUCAAGCUGUUAUAUGGUAAAUUUAAUUGUCAAUACUUUGAUGAUUAUACGCUUAAUGUAGG